UAAUCAACCUGGAGGCCUCGCUGGGUUGGUUAAUCAACUUGGUCCCCUCACUGAUAACACUCUCUCUCUGUCUCUCUCUCUCUCUCUCUCCUCAUUUCAGAUUGCAAAUUGAAUCGGAGAGAGGGAUGGAGGAGGAAGAGGAGCAACAAUCAUCGACCCAAACCACCCCUCUCCUCGGCCUUCCACGGUGGCGCCACCGCCUCACUACUCUCCCAUGCGCCACCAACCUCCGCCUCAAAACCACGAUCUGGUCCGAACUCGGGGGCUCCGUCGGCGACCUCGGCACGUACAUCCCCAUAGUCCUAGCCCUAACCCUAGUCUCCCACCUCGACCUCUCCACCACUCUCAUCUUCACCUCCCUCUACAACAUCUCCACCGGCCUCCUCUUCGGCACCCCCAUGCCCGUCCAACCCAUGAAAUCCAUCGCCGCCGUCGCCAUCUCCGAAUCCCCUCACCUCACUAUCCCCCAAAUCGCCGCCGCCGGAAUCUCCACCGCCUCCGUGCUCCUCCUCCUCGGUGCCACCGGCCUCAUGUCCUUCUUCUACCGCUUCAUCCCCCUCCCCGUCGUCCGCGGUGUCCAGCUCUCCCAAGGCCUCUCCUUCGCUUUCUCCGCCAUCAAGUACGUCCGCUUCAACCAAGAUUUUGCCUCCGGUAAGUCUGGUUCUCCCCGAGACUUUCUCGGCCUCGAUGGCCUUGUUGUUGCACUUUUUUCUCUCUUUUUUCUUGUACUUUGUACUGGGUCAGGCGAUUCUGUUGAUGAUGAACAAUCGAACCCUUCCUUGAUUCAAUCUGAAUCUCAAUCUCAACGCCGAGUUCGUCGUAGAUUAAGGGUUCUGUAUGCCAUUCCGGGUGCUCUUAUUGUGUUUUUGUUUGGGUUGGCCUUGUGUUUUCUUCGAGACCCUUCAAUUUUCAAGGACCUUCAAUUGGGUCCGUCUAAGAUACAAUUGGUGAAAAUUAGUUGGGAGGAUUGGAAGAUUGGAUUCUUUAGAGCUGCGAUUCCGCAGAUCCCAUUGUCUGUAUUGAAUUCUGUGAUUGCUGUGUGUAAAUUGUCUGCUGAUUUGUUUCCUGACCGAGAAGUGUCGGCCACGACCGUUUCGGUGAGCGUUGGAGUGAUGAAUUUAGUUGGGUGUUGGUUCGGGGCAAUGCCGGUUUGCCACGGUGCUGGGGGGUUGGCAGGGCAGUACCGGUUCGGUGGACGGAGCGGGGCGUCUGUGGUGUUUUUGGGGGUUGCGAAGCUUGUAAUUGGGCUUGUUUUGGGGAACUCGUUUGGGAGAAUUUUGGGUCAGUUUCCAAUUGGGAUUCUUGGGGUGCUUUUGCUUUUUGCUGGGAUUGAGUUGGCUAUGGCUUCAAGAGAUAUGAAUACAAAGGAAGAGUCUUUUGUGAUGUUGGUAUGUGCUGCUGUGUCACUCACUGGGUCUAGUGCUGCUUUGGGAUUUGGGUGUGGCAUUUUGUUGUUUUUGCUUCUGAAGCUGAGGGAAAUGGAUUGCCAGAGUUUACGGCUUCUCAAAUUUAAGUCUGAAUCUUCUUCUCAUGAUGAAGCUGCCCGCUUUCAGCCCUUGGAAGUUUAGGGAGUAUAGUUAUUGUGAUUUGUUUCUCUGUAAAAUAUUGCAUUAUUCUCAUUGUGUUUGGCAUUUAUGUCCUGAUUUAAACCUUUGUUAUCUCAUAGAAUUGCAUAUAAUUGCAUGUAAUGUAUCAAUAUUUGGCAUUUAUGUCCUGAUUACAGCCCUCAUUCUCUCA